AAAACAGUCUACAUUCAAUUGUGAAAGAAAUUUGACAUAAAUUGUGCUAUCCGAGUUUUUUUGUGGAUAAAUAUUGUGAUAUUUUAGCAAGUGUUUGUUUUUGUAAAGUAUAUACGCAGCUGCAAUUUCUUCUUAUCUCAGUUUAUCUGUGUGUAAGUCCUGAGUAACUAUCAAAACGGCUACCGAAAACCUUAAUUCGAAAGACCAACCAAAUUACAACACCAUGUAUCAAAAUCAAGGCGGUUACCCGCAAGGCGGUUACCCACAGGGGCCAGGAUACCCUCCUCCACCUCAAGGGGGAUACCCUCAGGGAGGAUACCCGCAGGGGGGCGCAUACCCGCCUGGGGGAUACCCCCAACAGGGAUACCCACCACCCCCACAAGGAUAUCCGGGCUACGGAGCAGGAUAUGGUGAGCCAGCUGGGUACGCACCUCCGCCAGGUGCCGUCGGGGAAGAUGGCGAGGUCAAAGGGUUCGAUUUCAGCGAACAGUCCAUACGAAGAUCCUUCAUCCGUAAGGUGUACUCCAUCCUGAUGUGUCAGCUGCUGGUGACGAUGUCCUUCAUUGCGCUGUUCCUGUUCCACGCCCCGACCAAAAACUGGGCGCAACGGAAUAGCUGGCUAUUCUGGGUGGCGUUCGCGGUGGUCUUCAUUUGUCUGAUCGUGAUGGCUUGUUGCGGUAACGUGCGGCGGCAGGCGCCCAUGAACUUCAUAUUCCUCGGGAUAUUCACUGUCGCUGAGAGUUUCCUACUCGGAGUCACUUCUAGCGUGUAUGCUGUCGAUGCGGUCAUGAUGGCGGUCGGUAUAACGGCGGCAGUUUGUCUCGCGCUGACUCUGUUUGCCUUCCAAACGAAGUGGGACUUCACAGUAAUGGGCGGCUUCCUUCUCUGCGCCACAGUCGUCUUACUUGUGUUCGGUCUCGUCGCAAUAUUCAUACCGUCGAACAAAAUCGUUACAUUAGUGUACGCGUCGAUCGGGGCCUUAGUGUUCUCUCUAUACCUGGUCUAUGACACACAGCUCAUGAUGGGCGGCAAACACAAGUACAGCAUUUCCCCCGAGGAGUAUAUCUUUGCUGCCUUGAACCUGUACCUGGACAUCAUCAACAUCUUCCUCUACAUUCUUACUAUCAUCGGCGCCGCGAGGGAUUAGGCGCGGAUUGUUGACUGUUUCCACUUCAGUUUUGGUGUUUGCAUUCCUUGUAGGUUUCUGUUUGUUGGAUUGCUUAUGCUUCGUUCUUCAGUAUGGUUUUCCCGUUUUUUUUUUUCUGUAAUUCUGUCCUUUAGCGAGAUCUCUCCCUGAAUUGGUUUGGUUCUGCUUGUAAUCGAAAUACCAGAACAAAAUAGACUUAUUUAUUUGGAACAAUAUUAUAACAAUAGAUAUCGCAUAAAAUAACGUCCAUAAUAUUCUUCUGUUUCCAGCGUACGAAUAUUUUAUAGUCCAGGACGAAAAUAGGAAAUUAUUAUCUUGCAAACAGCAUUUUUAAUUACAAUACAACUAUCAAAAUGAACCAAAAACAGCGUCCUUAGGACUAGAAUAUUUCGGGUGUUGGUAACAUCUGAUGCUAUUGGUCGCGUUGCCAAGAGUUUACUUUAUUUCUUGAUAAACCUAUGCAGCAUAGAUAAUUGUUUGCUUAAGCAAUCAGUAAAUGGUAAAUUAUGUUAAGAACACUCCUUGGAAGACGUAAAUAAUCGUAACAAACAUUUUUAUAUCUAUUUGUCGAUGAUGAUAGUACAAGUUAGGUUAACAUAAAGUUAAACUCAAACAACCUCUAUCGUAAACACAUGCAAACACCAAAACACUAAGUAUUAGAUUAUUUAUUUAAUAUUCAUUGAUAACCAGUCGAUUCACAUGAUCACAUCAACGAAAUUUAUUCGAAAUCAAGAAAAUUAUUCGAAAUUAUUCCAAAUUUCCAAAUAGAUAGUUGUAGUUUUAUUUUGCAAGCGUUAUUUGUCUAUGUGAUAAUGUAUCUGCAUUUAAAGUGGCGAUACGGUUGCCCUUGAUAAAAUAUUUGUAAGCCUUUAUUUAAGGUGGCAACAUUGAUAUUGCGUCAGCUUUAGCGUUGUGUACUUGGCUCAUAGUACUAAUAGUCAAAUCAACCAAAAUUCAUUUAUUCAAAUUAGGCUACUAAGUAGCACUAUUUGAAGGUCAGCACCAUUUACAUUGGACAGCACCCAGUUUCGCCCACCCUUCAGUAAAUAUGUGACAAUAAAAGAAUAUUUCAGAAUAACUUUAAAACUUGCGCUUUAUCCAUAUAUUUUCUUAUCUUCGAAAAAAGGAAAUGUUUCAUACAGAUUAUACACAGUUAAUUUGUAUUUACAAAGUGUAGAAGCAAUGUUUAAAAUGACUAGAAAUUGUUGCCAGUUAAAUAAAAACUUAUGAAAUCAAUUGGAUUGGUCAGUGUCAGUUGUGUAACGAGAAUUAAUGAUAUA